GUGGGCUUGUUUUAGAGGUUGCAAUACAUUCAUCGCCAAAACGCAUGUGGUUGUUGUUUGUAACGUAACGUUUUUAUAAUCCGUAAACUUUGCUUCUGAAAUACAUAGCCACAUAGUGUCAAAAUGAAGCUUUUAACACAUAACAUGUUAACAUCCCACGUGAAAGGUGUGACUAAAGGAUAUCCACUUAUUAUCAAGGCAACAGAAGUGAAAGUGAACGAGCUGGAGUUCAAUGCUCAGUUUGUGAGGCGAAUGAUUCCUAAGCUGGAGUGGAGCGCUUUGAUCCAGGCAGCGGAAUGGCUCGGACAGACUCAAGACCUGCCCGGCGCUCUCAUGCAAGACUAUGAAAACGAUGAGGAGUUCCUGCGUAAAGUUCACAGGAUCCUUCUGGAGGUUGAGGUUAUAGAGGGAUGUUUACAGUGUCCCGAAUCUGGCAGAGAGUUCCCAAUCUCCAAAGGUGUUCCCAACAUGUUACUCAAUGAAGGCGAGUAGAUCAAGAUGCUACACGCGUCCCAAAAGGAAAGAUAUCAACUAUCAGACCCACAUUUUGGAAGUGGCAUUUUAUUCCAGUGAUAAUGGAGAGAAGCAUAAGACCGUAAUUCACAGGUUUUUCUGAUUUAUAGAGUCAUACAACUACUGUCUCUAAACUUGAGGUCACUUUGCAUUUGGUUACUAUGAGAAUUAACUUUUUGUUGUUUCUGUCAUUAUAUAUUGUGCUUUGUAAAAUACAAAAUAAAUGUGUAUUGAUUUA